CAGUCAAGAUGCUUUAUUUUGUGGUGAAGUGUCUCAUUCUGGUAAUUCUGUCCAGGAUCAGUCAGCAGGGGGAUGACUUCACCACGCCCAGUGCCGCCUGGUUGGAAUAUCAGCGGGAAAGGUUUGGCAUCAACAGUCCUCUAAUGGUCAGCUCCACCAAGGCACCCACCGUAAGCGUGGUUAUGGUGACCCCAAAAGUGGAGACCACCUCGAGGAGGCAUUCCUCCAAUCCGCCCGAAAACGCAAGUCAGGAAUCGGAGGAAACAACUGAGCAGCCAAUGCAAGAUGAGGAACUGGAGGUACCCAGUAUUCAGGGAUUUUUCAAUUUCCUUAAAACUAUGCAGAACACCUGGAUCAAGAAAUCAGCUUUGACAUUCGGAAAGAAGAUAAAGCUCUUACAAAAUCUACGCGAUAAUCUUAUGCGAUUGAUUGAGCAACAGUUUGCUCUUCUGUGGCAGCCACCAGAGCGAAAAAGGCGACGUCGACGUGGUCUACUGGAUGAUUCGGAUAUAGAUUUUCCGCCUGAGGCGGCAAUCAUGAGCAUCAACUUCUUGACAUUCGCUGUUUUCCUCAUCAAACUGGUUAUGCAAGUGGUGAAGAUUGUCAAAAGCAAGCACUAUACACUUUCCGGUUUCACCUUUGCGAGACGUCCUUAAAAUAUCAUUAAAACCACAGUUCAUAUA